AUGGAUGCCGCACGAAAACGAAAGAAUGCUGAAUAUAAUAAAGCUUAUCGUCAAAAAGACUAUGAAGCUAAAAAGGAGAAGGAUAGAUUGCGGAAGAAAAAGAAAAGAGAUUUCAUAAAAGUUAACGAUCCCGAGAAAUAUGAUGAAGUGAAGAAGGCCGAAAAAAAAAGAAAAAAAAAGUGUUGGGAACGCAAGAAGGCCGAGAAUAGCAACGUAGCUUCGAGUCAGUCAUCCUUUCUAACUGCACAAGCAAGAGUAAAUCGUAUCAAUUUUCAAGUGAAUUUACUCCCUAAAGAUGAAGCUAUGAGAAAGGAAAUAUUUCUCGGAAUGGGUAAAAAACUUGGUUUCAAUGUUGAACCUUUACCUCAAGCGAAAUCAAGUAAAGGUUUGUAUCCAACUGUAGAUCAAUUGAGACCAAAACGUUUUGUCAAACUCAGAACCAAAACUCCACGCAACACAUGUGUUUGCUCCAUCCAUGCAAAUAUGAAAUUUGCGCUGAAAGCGUUAGCUCGUGCCGAUCCAACAUACAAAGAUGUAGUUAUUGGAUCUGACAUGAGCAAAAAUUUUAUUUGCGUUGGCGAUAAGGAAACAUGUUUUUCCAACAAAUGUUACAAAUGUAAACAUUCACCAGCGUUCUUCGAGAAGUUCCAGGAAAACGCAGAGAACGCCACAAAAUCGGUGAAAUGGGAGCAAUGGCAAAAAGCACCUGAUGGAGGAAUAUUCUCACAAGUAGAAAAAUUUACGAAGACUGGCACCGAAUCUGAUCUGAUCAAGCACAUCAAAGAAAUGAAGGUCAAAUUUUUACUUCAUGUGCUUGUUAAGCGAAAUCAGGCAGAUUGCUUGGAGUUAUAUUGCCUGCAAGCAAAAUCUAAGAACGCAACAACAGCCGUUCUUCAAGUGGAUUGGGCUCGAAACUACAGAUGCUUCCUCCAGGACUCGACGCAAGCGAUCUAUUCGAACAAGAAGGAAGUUUCAAUUUUUACAGCAAUGAUGUGGCAUCGUGGAGAGAAAUCAAUGGCUGUCGCUUUGGAUUCGGGUGACCACUCGAAGAAGACGGUUGUUCCAUGCCUCGACAAAUUAUUCAAAGAGAUCCCCACUACAGCCUCAACUGUCCACAUCUUCUCGGAUAAUAGUCCAAGCCAAUUUAAAAAUAAGUACACCAUGGCUUUAAUUCCAGCAUUGCAGAAGGAACAUGGAAAAAAGAUCAUUUGGCAUUAUCUUGCUGCACAGCAUGGCAAAGGCGCUACCGAUGGAAUUGGUGGAGGCCUUAAGCUUGCUGCUACCAAUAAAUCCAAGGGAGGUGAAACUAUUUUAGAUGCUGAAGCUUUUGUUGCAGCCAUCUCCCCGCAUUCAAAAGUCGCCCUGAAGCUGAUCACCGACGACGAGAUCAAGAAAAUAAAUGCAGAUAUUGGAUUGGAGUAUAUUUGCAGUAACAAUCCAUUGAAAAUAAAAAAUAUUUUAAAAUAUCACUGCUUCAAAGUCGACUUUGAAAAAGUCGAAUAUCAAAAAUUAUCUUCUUUUGAUCAAGAAGAACAAGAUGAUUUAAUUCAUGAUGAAGAAGAAGAUGAUAUUUUGAUGGUUGAAAAAGAAGAAAACGUUUCUUUUAAAGAAGAAGAAGAAGAUGAUGAUGAUUCUGAAGGUGUUUUGGCAAAUAAUUUCCAUGACUACGGUCCAUGGAGCCAAUUCAAACACAAGCUAAGGACCCGCUUGGACCCGCUUCUCUUGGACCCGCUUCUCUUGGACCCGCUUCUCUUGGACCCGCUUCUCUUGGACCCGCUCAUUAUAAAAUAUUAA